AUGGACGAGUUCAAGUCGCUCGAGAAGAGCCUGCCGCCGGAACGCGCGCUUGAUGAGCUUAACAAGCACGCCACGCAGGAAUUCAAGAUCGCCGCGAACGCAAUCACGAGUUUGUACAAGUUGUCGGCUGAGCGUGCAACGCUCAGCCGCCAUACGGGGUACCUCGAUUGCGUAGGCGACGUACUGGCCCUUGUCGAGCGCGGAGCUUCUGCGGAGGACAUCCGAACCUGGUGUCUGCAACGUAAACUCUCCACCGACGCACAGACAGCUACGUCCGCGACAACGUCCACGACAACAACGCCAGUGGGCUUAAGAACCGGCCAGCAGCCGACACCAUCCGGUCAGGACGCUACCAGCGACCCGUCCAAGCUUAAGAAACUGAGACUCCGGUAG